AUGGAUAAGAAGAUUCCAAAAAUAAAUAAGUAUUUUUAUUUGGGAGCAUUCUUAAAAUAAAUAGAUAGAUUAUAAUUAUAGAAGAUAUUUGAAUAUUUUUGGGCUGUUGCAGAGUAUAUCUUUUUUUAAAACAAAUUGAAUUAUCUUGGUCAAAAUGAAGAAUUGCCAAAAGAAAUAGUUGGUCGUAUUAAUGAAUUGAAUGUUUAGAUUGUGGCUUGUUAGUGAAAUGUUGA